AUCAGAGUGGGUCUCUGAGAACAGCCAGGGGUGCAGUUCACAGCUGCCGCAGUCACAACAUGGCCACAUCCCGGCCAGGCUAUGCAGCCAGCCAGCUUCUCUGGCGCUGCGGGACUCAGCCCUGGGGGCUGCACUGGACUUCAUGCCGGUGGAGUUUGGCUGCAGGUGCCUGGCCAGGAUACCCUUUUGUGGGUCUUAAAUGAGCAACUGCUGUUGCCUGGGCCUGGAUGCCCCGGAGCACUCGCUACUUCCCUCCAGUCAGGUCCCAGAGGACUGGAGAAAGGUUUGACAUUCCCCAUCUGCAGAAAGGGGACUAGUGGCGCCCCAGGCACUGUAGGGCAGUCAACCCAACUGCAAUCCCUGGAAAGGGACGGGAACAAAUGACUAAACAAUGCAUGUGUAAGCACCUGGUGGAUGACGAGGACGAGCCAGUCUGGAUUUGCCGAGCCAGUCUGGAUUUCCUCCUUUUGCAGGGUCACUGGCCGAGGGAAGUAGCAGCCGGGCUUUGGUGGCUCCAGGGGGAGGAGUGGAAGCUCCUUUGCUGGGUUGCUGGCAUUAGUGGGGGAUUGGAUGAAAUGGUGGCGAGCGCACGGGGAGUGAUCCUGUGCUGGCCCUGCCCCUCGGGGAAGGAUCAGGCUGAGCCCAGGGGUCUCUGCUGGCCCCAAUUCCUACCUCUCAAUACCCACCCCACUGCCCGCCGUGGCUGCCUGAAACUCCUUCCCUGAGGCUGCCACAGCCCUAAGCCCGUGUCCUGGGCUGGGGGGGAGGCCGUUUGUCACCUCCUGCAAACAGGCUACCCCUACCCCACCACACCCCUCCCCACUCGGCGCCUCCACUGUGGCCUCUCUGCUGGAAUCUUAUCUGCCGAGUGCCCGGCAGAGAGUGAAGCUCUCGGGGGGACGGGGAAGAGCGCAGCCUUGAGAUAAGAAAGUAGACAAAAUAGCAGAGCCCACAGCUCCUCGGCUGUCUGCGGGAACCGGACUUGCACAGCACUGGAUGCUCUGUCUCCGAGCUAGAGCCAGCGAUGGAGAAGACUGUGGUGCUCAUUACAGGCUGCUCCUCGGGGAUCGGCCUGGGGCUGGCUGUGCGCCUGGCCUCGGAUGCCUCCCGCAGGUUCAAAGUCUACGCCACCAUGCGCAACCUGGCCAAGAAGGAGCGGCUGCUGGAGUGCGUGCGGGGCUGCCACGCCAGCACCCUGGAGAUCCUGCAGCUGGAUGUCACCGACCCGCUCUCGCUCGCUGCAGCUGUGCAGCAGGUGCAGGAGCAGCGCGUCGACGUGCUGGUGUGCAAUGCUGGGGUGGGGCUGAUGGGCCCUCUGGAGACCUGCUCCUACCAGGCCAUGAAGAACAUCUUUGACGUGAACGUGUUUGGGACCAUUAGCACCAUCCAGGCCUUUCUGCCCGGCAUGAAGCGUCGCAAAGCCGGCAAGAUCAUCAUUUCCAGCAGCGUGGGGGCGCUGCAAGGGAUCCCCUUCAAUGCCGUGUAUUGCGCCAGCAAGUUUGCAGUGGAAGGUCUGUGUGAGAGCCUGGCUGUGAUCCUGCAGCAGUUCAACAUGCACAUCACGCUGAUCGAGUGCGGCCCGGUCAAUACGAGCUUCCUGGCCAACCUGCAGCAUUCGGACACCGAGGGCAGCGCGCUGCAAGGCCUGGACCCGCAGACCCGCACUCUGUACAGCCAGUACCUCCAGCACUGCCAGAGCCUCUUCCGUGAUGUGGCCCAGGACACCGAGGAGGUCCUGCAGGUGUUCCUGGAAGCCAUCUGUGCCCCCUGCCCCCCUCUGCGCUCUUUCACCACCCAGGUCUUCAUGCCGCUCACCCGACUCAAGCUGACAAGCCCCGACGGCUCGGAGUACAUCCGCGCCAUGCACAAGUUCGUGUUCUCUGCGGGCGAGGCCCAGGGCGACCGGACGUGAGGAGGAGCAGCGCGGCUGUCCCAGAGCGAGGGGCAGGCUUGGCGGGAAGCAGCCCCCGCAUUGCCCUGCGUUUGUACAGGGGGGCUGGAUACGACCCUGCCAUGGAGCUCCAA